UCCCUCUCCUCUGCAAUCUCUGCCCUGAGCUCAGCACCUCUGGGGGCAGCUGCUUUCCAACCCGGCUGCUGCCUCCGCACGCAUCCUCCCCAUCGCUGCCAGUGGCUGCUUGCCCUCAUUUUGAGCUGUUUCUUUCCUGGCUUCCCCCUGUGCUGCAGGCUGGGAAUGGUACGGUCCUCCCUCCAGCUCCGUGGAUAUUGCUAGAAGGUGAAAGCAUCAGUGUGAGCUGCAGCCGUUGCAGGCAGCCCCAAAUCACUCGGAGAGGGAGCAGAAGGGGCUCAGUGCGGAGCUCUGUCCCUUCCCUCUGGGUCUGGCAUCACCUUAACAAGGUGCCAUGACCCAGGGCAAGCUCACAGUGAACAACAAGCCCCCCAACCCUGAGGGGCAGGGGGAGAAGAAGGACAAUGCUACAGCCCCACCGGCCCCUCCAACCUAUGAGGAGGCAACAGCAGGAGAGGGGCUGAAGAUGGGUACUUACCCUCCUCCCCCAUCCGUCCCAUUGCACCCCAGCUGGGCUUAUGUAGACCCCAGCACGAGCCCCAGCUAUGGCAGCGGGGCGUACCCUGGGGACACAGAGAUGCUCACAUCCUUCAGCUGGGACGACCGGAAUGUGCGCAGAGUGUUCAUCAGGAAGGUUUAUGCCAUCCUGUUGGUCCAGCUCCUGGUGACUCUCGUCAUUGUUGCUUUCUUCACCUUCUGUGAACCGGUCAAGGGAUACGUCCAGGUGCACUCUGGUUGGUACUGGGCUUCCUAUGCUGUUUUCUUUGUGACCUACCUGAUUCUUGCUUGUUGCUCUGGGCCCAGGAGGUAUUUCCCAUGGAACCUGAUCCUGCUGAGCAUCUUUACCCUCUCCAUGGCUUAUCUCACUGGGAUGCUUUCCAGUUAUUAUGACACCAAGUCAGUUCUUCUGUGCCUGGGGAUCACUGCCCUGGUGUGUCUUUCUGUCACCAUCUUCAGCUUCCAGACCAAGUUUGACUUCACCUCCUACCAGGGCAUCCUCUUUGUGAUGCUCAUGGUGCUCUUCUUUGGUGGCAUCAUCCUGGCUGUGAUUCUGCCCUACAAAUAUGUCCCCUGGCUCCAUGCGAUCUACGCUCUGCUUGGUGCCAUCAUCUUUACCAUGUUCCUGGCCUUUGAUACGCAGAUGCUGAUGGGGAAUCGCCGAUACUCAUUGAGCCCAGAGGAAUACAUCUUCGGAGCCCUCAAUAUCUACCUGGACAUCAUCUACAUCUUCUCCUUCUUACUCCAGUUCUUUGGCUCCAGCCAGGAGUGAGCACAGCAGGGCGGUAUCUUCUCUUCGUUAGCUAGAUGCAAAUGUCUAAAAGAAAUCUUAAAAGGAAAAGAGGGUUUAAAAGAACGACAGCGAAACAACCCACCCUUUCUGGCCCACUAGCAGGCUCCAUUCUAUCAGCUGAACAAAGCUCCUGGGUUCCUUUAUGCAGCUUGUAUAUAUGCUGUUAAGCCUUUGUGACCCAGACAGCAAAGCAGGGCUUAAGUGUGAUGUCUCUCCUGCUCCCUCCACUCCUACUGAGCUCAAACCAGACCAGAGACCAGGAGGCACGAGGCUGAGGUUUUCUCUUCCCCAGAGGCUGUCAGAGCUGCCUGGAUGUGGAUGGAUGUUGAAGUGCUGGGAACAGCUCUGCAAAGGGAAAAUGAUGUCGAAGGAGGAGAGGAAGGGAAUGUUGCUAGGAUGCUGGCAAGAAAAACAGCUGAACAAGGGGAAAAAAUAGCUUGGGAAGCCUAUCUUCCCCCACCCCCCCAAGUGUCUUGGUUGCUUGAGAUCCAUGGUUCUAAGUGGCUGUUACCUAAAGACUGAGGGUGAAAACCUGUUGCUUGUAACAGCGACAUUAGUGUUGGCUACAGAGAGGUGUCCCCCAUCUCCAGACGUGGAGCAGAGUGCACACAGGUAACUUUCCAUCUUCCCCUUGCUCACGUUCCCCUGUUUGGGGAUUGGCUGGCUAAUUUCUAACCGUAAAGCUCCAUGUGGAGAUAAGGGGCCUUUUGCUCUUAUUUAGAAAGCGAUCCUUGCUGCUGAUAGAACCCGUAUCUUCAAUCUCCCUGGAAUGCUGGUGCAAAUGCGUCACUGGGCUGCCUCUAGCAAUCCCCACGUCUUAGAGAAAGGCUCUGCCAGAAUGCUCUGUGCUGCACAUUCCUCUGCUUCUGCUGCCCCAGCUCUUACCCCUCACAUGCUGCAUCCUCCCACUGCACGUGUUCUGUGCCCUGAGCUGGGCAGAGGAAAAGGAAAGUUACUGUACAGCAGUCAAUAAAAAGAAAAUGAUGCUUCAAGCCCUCAGCAGCUGCACUGACCUUGUUGGUAAUGCAGGAGCAGAAUCGAUGCUUUUCAUCUCUCCCUUCAAGAAAAACCAGCCAUGGUUUGGGGAUAAAGAGUGCUAUGAGGAUGGAGUGAAGUCUAUGAGCCCUUGUUUUCUGCAGCGCAUCACAGAGACCAAAUAAGGGCUGUGAGCUGUUGAGCAGGAGGAACUGGGAGGACAGACAGCACGGGAGGCACCCUAAAAGAUAAUGAAACACAAGUUCAGAGAGGGAUUUUUCUCGCUCAGACCCACGCGGGCACUUCUGCAACACCUUAGCAGACAGGCUGUGCAGCUUCCUUUGCUCACAGCAGAAGGCCUGUGGGCAUUUCUGCUUUCCAGCUUUUCAGGAAGGAGCGUUAUGUGAAGAAUUCUGACUCAACAACAGUCCUAAAUUUCCUCUGGAAGAGGAUAAUCCUGCAGCUCUGCAGCCCUCUUCCUGCACUGGGACUUCUCAUAGUCGGACCUGGGGAGGAGAACACAGACCUGCAGCCCACUCUGGAUCUCUCGCUCUUAUUCCUUCUGCUGUGGAGUAACUUGGCUGCUUCUCUCUCCUGGCUUUCUGCUCCAAAGCUUGCAUGGCAUCUGCUCCAUCUCGGGGCCCCCUGAGCAGGGGUUACGUGUAUGUCCCCCUGCAGGGCUCCCUUCUUGCAUGUGUCCCGGCUCCUCUCAGUGCCGUCCCCACAGCUUGCUGCUCACCCAAGCCAGACAGAGAUCACUUGAAGGUAGAAGUCCCCAUGGGGCUGAGCAUCACAGGGUUAGGGGUGAGGAACAGCCAUCAUUGGGUUCCUCACCCUGCUGCACAACAGAGUUGCUGGGCUGCUUCACUUCUUAUGCCAUGUGGAUGUCCCUUACCUGAGGCCUGCAUUGCCUGGCCCCUGGCUCUGUAUCCCCGUGCUCCUUUCGUCCACCCAUUCUUUACGAUUUCAGAAAUAGGAUUUUGUAUUUUCUCUGAACGUUGCUAAAUAAACCGUUGCAAAACCGUC